UUAUUCACAUAACAGACACUUUUUUCACUUUUAAUAGGACCUACUAUAUCCCAGACAGAACUGCAGGAAAGGUUAGCAAAAUUGAAGGGAAUGGACCCUAAAAGAUACUCGGCUCCACCUAUUACAGUAUUCCGAGAGGCUGAGCAUCACACGGAGUCAGAGAUGAUCGAUAAUCUGAUGAAAGAGGUUCAGGAAGAAGUGGAAAUUGACUCUCGAAGACCUAAGCCUGAAGAUGAAAUAGCAGCUCGAUUAGCAAGAUUACGUGGAGACGACGAACUACAACCUUCAGGAUCUGCAGCACCUGACUUAAUUCUAGCAGAAAGACGAGUGAACUCAAAACACCAUCAAGAAGAUGUUGACUUAGAUGAGGUAAAUAAAGUGUUGAAAACAGAAUCUGAACAACUGGAAGCUGCUGCCAAAAAAGAACUUAUAGAUCUAGGUCAAAACAAGGCUGUUCAAGAGGCACUUGCGGAACUUAAGAAAAAGAAACAAUCAGAAGGUGGAAAAUCUCCACUUGAGUCAGAAGAGGAAGAAAAUAAUGAGUGUAAUGCUGUCAUUGAAAAGUUACUUGAUGAGGCAACAAUUGAAGAGAAGUUUAAACAACCUCAACCACUGGAUGAUCAGAAUAAAACAACAAAAAAGUCUUUAGGUUCCGACAUGUCCAUCUGUGAACAUGAAGAGAUGGACGAGCUUCCCUGGUGUGUAAUAUGUAAUGAAGAUGCUCUUGUACGAUGUCUAGAUUGUGAAGGAGAUCUUUAUUGUAUGAGAUGUUUCAAGGAAUGUCACGACAGUUUUGACAUCAAGGACCACAGAUCAGCUCCAUAUAAACCCACUAAAACAGCUAUGAAAUAUUAAUACAGCUUCAGUUCCAACAGAAUAAAACAUCUCUUAGUCAUUGUUUGUUUUCUAAUAGCUAUACAGAAAGUGAUUACAUUUGGAAGUAGAAAAAAGAACACAUGUAGGAAAAUCAUUACUAAGAUAUGUAUGGUAAUUUGUUUUGCAAGUUUUUAAGCAUGUGAUUAAUGAUAUACAUAUUUGGAAGCUGCUUGCGAAGACAUCUAUGAAAUACAUUUUACACAGACUUGUUUCUUAACCCUAAAAUUGGGUUUUCAUUAGAAAAAUUUGUAUAUGCUAAUAUAUUCAAAGUUUGAAAUAGUUAUUAGAGAAUUUACAACUGAAGAACUGUCUUUCAUAUAACAUUCAGUACCAGUAUGUUUUUUGUUUUUUUCUCAAAGAAAGAAUUAAUCCAGAUGUAAUGUAUUGAAACUAGAUUGGAUAAAAGUUAAUCAUGUCUGAUGCCUUGGAGCUUUGCUAGUUUCAUACAUGUGUACAUAAGAGUUGUCAGUUUAGUUGUUGUUUUAUAUAUAUAUAUAUAUAUAUAUAUAUAUAUAAACCUAUAAUAAGUCACUAUGAGUAAUUAAUACAUUUUCAUGGAUUUAGAGAAAAUAUUCAAUAUUUUUACAAAUUCUACAAAGUUUCGUUUCAAAAGGUAUGGUUUAUUUACACAUUUAAGGUUUUAAAUUGUAUGCAAAAUUUUCUUGAGUGGAGGAGACAAAAGAUUCAAGCAUUUAUGUUUAAACUUGGAGCUCUUGAUUUAAAGUGAAUUUCUGUAGCUUGUUAAAACAGUGAUCUUGUAAAUAAAUAUACAGUUUUGUAAUUAUACUUUCUGGUGUAUGAUUUGGUCAAUGAUAAAUAAAAGAACAAUUUUGUGGUAUUCCAUUUA